AUACAUAAGAAGCACUCGAUGCUAGUCAUUUCUUAUUAUUUUAAUAAUAUCAUCUCUGAGGGCCCUUUCAGGACUUCCAGACGGAGUCCACGUCCGUGGGGGACUUCGGAGCAGUAAAAGGUAGCGGCAGGAGGCACCUCGGCCAUCGCCCACCCCACUAGCUGGGAGACUCCGGCAGGUUAUUCACCCUUCUGCACCUCGCUUCACUCAUCUGUAUAAAGGGAACAGUCAGAGUAACUGCCUCAUGGAGUUACUCCGGGGACUUAGAUAAUCCAGGGACACACGUAGCCCAGUGCCCAGCACUCGGCUGGAGCUCCAUAAAGGUCAGCUAUUGUUCUGAAGCGUAGGGCGGGGAGGGUUCAUCUUGUUGGGCCGUCAGGCCAGGCUGUAUUUAGGUACCCGGUGGGGGCGGGGCGGGGGCGGCGCCGGUGCACGCCCUCUUUUUUUAAUUUUUAAAAUUUCACCCGGGUCUUGACAACCGGUGCAACCCUGUCCCCCCCUGUUCCCGCCCCCGAGCCAGAGGAGCCUCUUUUAGGUGGGCAGCUGCAGGAAUGGUGACUCGGGUUAGCUCAGAUGUGGCUGCCCUUAGUCCCCAGCUGCACCCUCCCCUUUGCCCUCCCCAGCAACCCCUACCCGCCCUCUUCCGGCGCGUGCUAAAGCGAGAGAAACGCCCUCGGGGGAAGAUAUGUAGCAAUCCGAUGGAACUUGGAGAUCAACGUUGUGUUUUCUUCGCGCCCACCUGAAGUCGAAGGGAGGUGGAGCGGCGGGUCUCAGCCCCUGCCCGACGCCGAGACCCGGCCCCCGCCCCCCGGAGCCUAGUCCCCGCAGGCGGAACCGCCCUGUGCGAGGCCGGGUUUGGACUGCGCGGGAAUGGGCGUGGCCUGGGCGGGGCGGGCUCUAGGACCCGCCGGAGCGCCGUGAACGUCACCCAGCGGCGCCGAGGCCCCGGGUUGAGCGGGAGGCGCGAUCGGUCCGGUCGGUGGCUCCCCGCAGCGGGGCCGGGCCCGAUCUCGGGCAGGAACCGAGCCCAGAGCCGGUAGCGGGAAGGAUGACCACGCUCACACGACAAGACCUCAACUUUGGCCAAGUGGUGGCCGAUGUGCUCUGCGAGUUCCUGGAGGUGGCUGUGCAUCUCAUCCUCUACGUGCGCGAGGUCUACCCUGUGGGCAUCUUCCAGAAACGCAAGAAGUACAACGUGCCGGUCCAGAAUGAUGUGGAGAAAGUGGUGGUGGUGAUUUUGGAUAAAGAGCACCGCCCAGUGGAGAAAUUCGUCUUUGAGAUCACCCAGCCUCCACUGCUGUCCAUCAGCUCAGACUCCCUGUUGUCUCACGUGGAGCAGCUGCUCCGAGCCUUCAUCCUGAAGAUCAGUGUGUGCGAUGCCGUCCUGGACCACAACCCCCCAGGCUGUACCUUCACAGUCCUAGUGCACACAAGAGAAGCCGCCACUCGCAAUAUGGAGAAGAUCCAGGUCAUCAAGGAUUUCCCCUGGAUCCUGGCAGAUGAGCAGGAUGUCCACAUGCAUGACCCCCGUCUGAUACCACUAAAAACCAUGACGUCGGACAUUUUAAAGAUGCAGCUUUACGUGGAAGAGCGUGCUCACAAAGGCAGCUGAGGGGGCAUCUGCCACCUCACUGAUGCCCGAACUGUCAGACUUUGGGGGAUCCCCGCCUAGGGCAGUGCUGCAUGGCUGCCCUGAUUCCAAGUGCUCUUAUCGCCUGUGUGUGUGGAUCGCCCGCCCCAGCCCGGGGCCGCUCAGGUCUGCUUGGAGGAUGCCUCCCCCAGGAGGCAGUGAAGGAUGCCGCAACCUCGACUUCUCAGCCUCCUGGGGUUCCGCCGGCAAACACUGUCUGUCUCAAAUACUGUGCUGUGAGUUCUUUCAAUAAAGGGGCCCCAAGGGCUGGGCUGAA